AUGAACAUCGAAACCUCCCGUUGGAACCUCGAACUCACCAAAACUAUUCCAGGCCGAGCGUCAACUGUCAAAACCCAAGACAACAGCCAGAAAAUGAGUGGCCGCCACCGUUGGUCCGAACAAGACUCGGUAUUUGAAAUCCCUCUUGUCACCUUCACUUAUCUGACGAAGUUACAGGACGAGGCUCGCCUGCCGGCAGGUAUGAGGAGGGUUGGCUACGAUGCCGAUACGCAAACUUACAGCUAUGAAGAUUCCGACGGAAGCUACUGGAAAGGAGAGCCAGGAUCGAGAUACGGGACCCUUCGUCCAUGCGGGAAUUCGACAAGUAGAAUGAUGAGGUCCGAAAGUGCCACGAGCAAGCCACCCACGAUAGAAUCUGGUGACGAGAAUAUCGAUAUGAGACUAGAGGGAACGGAGUCUACCACGCCUUCUAGGAACUUAAACAUGAUCAAAUCCGAAGCUUCGAAGGUGGCCCUUAAAGCUGUUAGUGUAGCCAAGAGGCUUGCCACAACAGUGCAACAUCAGGAUCUUGGGAAGAAGCCCUCGUCUAGUAUGAGUGGUUGGGAACAGGGGCCACCAACGAGACUUCGAAGAGCAGCGACUAUGGGAGACAGGGUCUUAUCGGUAGAUCCAAAAAUUCACAGCAAAGCCAUGAGAUCAGGGAGUUUGAGAGACAAACCUGCUCCUACCUCAAACAGAGAUUCUGGCCAGGAAGGAGGCACCAAUGAGCUCAGGUAG